ACUCAGACUCCCACUACAACCAAAAGAACGACAAAGGCUCCCACUACAACCACAACAACGACAAAGGCUCCCACUACAACCACAACAACGACAAAGGCGCCCACUACCACCACACCAACGACAAAGGCUCCCACUACAACCACAACAACGACAAAAGCGCCCACUACAACAACAACAACGACAAAGGCGCCCACUACCACCACACCAACGACAAAGGCUCCCACUACAACCACAACAACGACAGAAGCUCCCCCUACACCCAAAAGAACGACAAAGGCGCCCAGUACAACCACAAAAACUACAAAGGCGCCCACUACAACCACAACAACAAAGGCGCCCACUACACCCACAACUACGACAACGGCUCCCACUACAACCACAACAACGACAAAGGCUCCCACUACAACAACAACAACGACAAAGGCGCCCACUACAACCACAACAACGACAAAGGCGCCCACUACAACAUCAACAACGACAAAGGUUCCCACUACAACCAAAAGAACGACAAAGGCUCCCACUACAACCAAAAGAACGACAAGGGCUCUCACUACAACCAAAAUAACGACAAAGGCUCCCACUACAACCACAACAACGACCAAAGCUCACACUACAACCAAAACAACGACAAAAGCUCCCACUACAACCACAACAACGAUAAAAGCUCCCACUACAACCACAACAAUGACAAAGGCGCCUACAACAAUAACAACAACAACGACAAAGACCUCAACUACGAAGAAGGAUCCCACUACAACUACAACUACAACGAAGGUUCCCACUACAACCUCAACUACAACGAAGGUUCCCACUACAACCUCAACUACUACAAAGGCUCGCACUACAACCCCAACUACGACAAAGGCUCCCACUACAACCCCAACUACACCAAAGGCUCCCACUACAACCCCAACUACGACAAAGUCCCGCACUACAACCCCAACUACGACAAAGGUCCCCACUACAACCCCAACUACGACAAAGGCUCCCACUACAACCCCAACUACGUCGAAGACUCUCACUACAACCCCAACUACGGCAAAGGCUCGCACUCCAACUCCAACUACUACAAAGGCUCGCACUACAACCCCAACUACGACAAAGACUCCCACUACGACCCCAACUACGACAAAGGUUCCCACUACAGCCCCAAUUACGACAAAGGCUCCCACU